CAAGCACACACGGUCACACGUUAGUUUACACGCACGCACGCGCGCACCUAGAGAGAGAGCGCCGUUCCCCGUCACCGUGCGUAAUGAAGCGCGCUCCUGGAUAACAAGCAGUGUGGUCUUCUCGGUUUGGUUUCUUUUUUCUUUUUUUUUUAAGGUGAAGUCAUUUCAGGGUUGAUGUUUUUUUCCUCUUCUUUUUCUUCUUCCCCGAAUUGACUUUGGAUUUUACCCCUAUGAUGAUUUUGGAUAUGCGCAAACGGGAUGAAGAGAAGCCCUUUCCUGCGCGCAGAAGUAAAAUAAAAUAGGGUUUCAUUCACAGUGGACACUAAAAUCCUCCCGUUCCCUAUGAAGAAGUCAAAAAUUUGGAUACGUACCUGUGUCCAUUUGUUGCUCUACAUCACAGUUGCUGCUUAUCCCAGUGAGAUCGGAAAUCCCAUAACAGAUGACAUCAAGAAAAUCUCAUUACUGAAACAGAAUAUCCCAAAAGACUACAAGAUCACUGUACAAUAUUUGCCUAAAGAAGUGAGUAGUAUGUGUUGGGUGCAGCUAAACGUAUUCCACUUGGAGGAGAGCUUAAAAGACCUGGCCCAGAAGUUUGGGAAUAUUUCCUCCAACAAAGAUUAUAUAGCGACGUUCAUCCAGAUGUUACAAGAGAUGCGAUAUAUAAUUGGAAAUAGCUUGGAGAGUUCCAUGCUGGAGUUCCAGUGCCACUACCGAGAGGAGAAAUGGCUCACGCCGCGCUAUUUCCAAUUCGUGGAAGACUUUUUCAACACCGCCAAUUCCUCGAGAGAAGAGGAAGACUGCGAACCUCCGCCGUGUCCCACAACGAUAAAGGCAACGACGACGCUGGCGACGAUGCCGACGCCGCCGCCGACGCAGAUUCGUUCACAAGACGGUAGCUCUUCAACUGCGAACUUCACUGCUAACGAAGGCUCCAUGAACCCGAGGGUCCUGACGGAGAUCAUGAAGAAGAGUCUGUACUCGCUCCUGUUCAUCCCCGUCAUCGCUGCCGUGUUGCUUCUUGCCUGGAAGGUGAAAUCCAGACGAAACGCCCCGUCACUGCAGAGCAGUACAGAAGGACCGCCGCUGUAUAUCGGAGCCGAGCCCAGCGCGCCGCCGCUAGAUGAGGAAAUAUCUGAAAGCAAAAGAUUAAACAACAUCUGCCCGGUGUAACUGCUCCACACAACCGACAGUACCGCAGACGAAAAGGCAGCAACCUGAGACCCACACAUGUCACUUCCUUUUCAGCUCUGAGGGAUGAGUACUGACCUCCAACGAAGAACCGCCCACCGAGUUUCCAUGACGUUUCUGCUAAGAACAAUGGUUGGACCUUUGCUGUGGUAGGAGGAGGAAGAGGAAGAAGAGGAGGAUGGAGAUGACGGAGUUUGUUAGUUUGUUUUGUUUGUUCUCCUCCAUUCUUCCUUCGGAGGACGGACGGCUCAUGGACGACUCGGUUGUGAUCCACGACAGGAGAUCGGAUUCACCUGAACAGCGUCCGUUCCUCAGCGGUGUUCCCGUAACGAGCGGGAUGAAGAGCGAAAGCCAGAACUCGUCCUCUUUCCUCCUUCUGCUUCCUGUUUCGUAGAGUUCUCUCGCUCUUUGUUGUCCUGAGCUUCCUCAAGCGUGAUACUCGUUUUUAAUUGAAAAAUCCAAAAAAAUAUAUAUUUCAGUCGUUUCAUCUGAAUUGUGUAUCUUUUUUUUUAAGUCGCUUUACUGGUGGUGUGGACUUAAUUUAUUUAUUUGGUUUCUUGUGUUAUAUUUUUUUGCUGCUCCAGCAGUUUGGAUAGUGAGCGAGUCCAUGGUGGAAGUGUUACCACCUGACCCCGUGCUUUCUUCACACUAGCGCUAGCUCUCAGGCCCAAUAAUCACGGACUAAUCUUUUAUGUGCAACUUUUAAAACCAUUUACCGAAUUCGUAACAGAAACAUCGGCUCAAUUUUCGCUGCGGUUCGCGAGUUCGCGAGUUCGACUGACUCCUGAACUGUUUCAACACCGGAGAUGAACUUUAACGCCUGGUUGACAAAACUGACUAAACUCUCUGUUUCCUAAUCGUUUGUAAUAAAUUUUAUUCCAUUUGAAUUAAUGUUAUGAAAUAGAAAAACAGGGCAUAUGUAUAUUUCUGCUCUGGAAGAACAAAAUCCGAUUUAAUUUACAGGUUAAAGUUUAAGAUGCAACAGCUAUUCUGAUAAUCCUGUGCCUUGUGUAAUAGAAGUUUGAUUGUGUGUGUGUGUGUGUGUGUGUGUGUGUGUGUGUGUGUGUGUGUGUGUGUGUGUGUGUGUGUGUGUGUGAUAGUAAAAACACUGUGUGUAA